AUGCCUCCAAUUCGAACUGCAAUCAUCGGGCUCUCAAGUUCCUCCUUCGGAAACUGGGCCAGUCAUGCCCAUCUCCCGUACCUACUCAGCCCCGAAGGCCAGAAGAAGUUUCAAAUCAUUGCAUUAUGCAACUCGAGCGUAGAUGCUGCCAAGCGUGCUAUUGAUACCUUCAAGCUACCACCUGAGACGCGCGCAUAUGGUGAUCCAGAUAGUCUUGCCGCGGAUCCAGAUGUUCAGCUCGUCGUAUGCGCGACACGUGUGGAUAAGCAUUACGAGACAAUUCUUCCAAGCGUACGCCAAGGCAAAGAUACAUACGUGGAAUGGCCCUUGGCUCAGAAUGCGUCACUCGCAAGUGACCUAGCAACCCUCGCACGGCAGAAAGGGGGCAAGACCGUCGUAGGACUGCAAGGCUGGCAUGCACCAGCAGUUAUGAAAAUUCGAGAGUUAAUAGGGAGUGGUCGCAUUGGAAAGGUAUUGAGUAGUGAGGUUCGUGCGUCUGGGGGAUCAGUGGAUAGGCUUUCCUUGCCGACUGGGCUGGAGUACUUUGCGGAUAGGAAAGUUGGGGGAAACCCAUUUACGAUUGGAUUUGGUCACUUAUUCGAUUUCGUUCAGUUCGUGCUUGGAGAUAUCCAAGUUCUACACUCCCAUUUACAACUCCAACGACCGGACGUGAAAAUCUGGGACCGAUCAAGCGGAAAAGUCGUAAAAACAGUUCGUUCGGAUGUCCCUGACCUAAUUCUCGUGAUCGGAUCGCUACAAGCUUCGGAAUACGUUACUUCAGGCGCAACAGUCCAUCUAAGAUUCCGUCGAGGGCAAGCUUUUAAGGGAGAAGACCCCUUUGUAUGGUCAGUAAAUGGAGAAAGGGGCGAGAUCCGUCUCAGUGCCUCGGGCGGACCAGGAAUCUCAGCAGCUUCCCACGGAAAACCGCUAACUAUUGAGGUUCACGACUUUGAUACGGAUAAAGUAGAGAAUGUGGAGUGGAAUUGGCAUGGAAGAGAAGAGCUGGAUAUAUCCGCAAGAAUAGUUGGCGCCCUUUAUGAAGCAUUUGCCGCCGGCGAUGCGACGAAGUAUCCUACAUUCGACCAUGCCUCAAAGCGCCAUGAACAAUUAGAUAAGAUAUUAGCACAGUUCUCGGCCGCGUAA